AUGGCUAGUCCCUUGAUGGGGUGUGUUCCACGGCCGUCGGUGGUGUUGGCAGAAAUGGAGUUUGAGGAAGAUGAUGAAGGGUCCUCAGUGUUUUCGUCCAGGAGCUCGAGGAGAACGAUGUCGGAUCUGUUUUUUGGAGGUGCCGUUGGAGAUUGGGUAUUCAAGCCUGAGGAUAAGGCUGAGUAUAUCAAGAACGUAUGCGUGUGCAUGGGAAUCACGGAGAGGAACUUUUGCCGUGUCCGUAGUAUGCAGUUGUCUGUGCCAGGAACUGCAGUGCAGAGUGUGCGGUAUAUCAACGAUUAUUACGGGAUCGGAGGUGAAAAACGGAUGGGAGCUGACAGCAAAGAGAAGGUUUUGGUUUUUGGGACGUCAUUGGUGGCUGUCUGGUUUCUGUGUGAUCCAGAUAAGGCGUUUCUGACAAGAGUUGCGGCGUUGGAGGACGUUCCACCAGCUUAUGAUUUUUGGCACUUGACAGAGGAUGCCUUACAAGGUGUAUCAGGUUGGUUGGAAAAAGGAAGGUAUGGUGUAAGCGGAUUAGGCGCAGUUGUUGGAUCUUCGAAAAGCCAGUGGACGCCGGAGGAUGUGCGUCGUCGAGUGUACCGAGAUUUGCGCCUGCACAAUGACUUCCAAUUUACGCAGCUGUGUGUUUGUGUGGGAACAAAUGACAUUAAGCAUAUGUGUAACCUGAGGUCUGGGGCGAAAUAUGCAACAAUGACGGAGUUGUACGCUGCAAUGAGGGUGUACUUUGCAAAGCUGGCAGAGGUUUUCAAGUGUCCGGUUUUUGCAUUGGGCGCUUCUCCUCCAGGGAAGUGGGAAGGAGGCAGGACAAAAUUUUGGCGGGAUCGGUAUGGGAAUCCGGUGUUUCCUUUGAUGGAGGAAGAUGGAUCUGCCGGGUCAAUGGAGUCCAGAUUGGAAGCGGCAAAUAUGUGUCAGAGGGUGUUGGCAAAAAUGUUGGAAAAUGAUGUUGGUGGCGUUAUUGGAAAGCAUAUACGUGCCCUGGAUGGUGGGCUUUGCCUACUCCGUUGAGCUAUCUGACAAGAUACGUGAAGGUGUCAUACUUGUCUUUUUCAUCAUUUGGGCAUAUCAAUCCUCGUGCCUUUAUCUGGUUUGCGAGGGAUCAUGCAGUGGCGAUUUUGUUUGCUGUGACAAUAACGGCGGGUGAUCCUUUGAAGGAGACUUUGUUGUGUCCUGGACAAGGACCCAUGUGGAAGGAUGAUGGGACGGCGGUGGAGGGCAAGCCGCCAAAUUCAAACCACAGGCAUUUUGUUUGUCAAAGUUAUCGUCCGUGUCUUUUUGAUGCUGUGGGAAAGGUGGAGUUUGGGGGAAAGGGUAUUAAGGCAAACCCAUUUCAUAAAUGUGAGUCGCUGUUGGAUGGUGGGUAUGACGAGACCUUUGCUACGGAUUUGGUGGUCUCCAUUACUCGCCAGCGUGGGAAGGAUGGUUGAUUUGUUCCAGGAGAUGUGGUGAUAGUGAAGGCAACGGGUGUGGAAAAGGUGGUGGCUGUUGUGCACCAGAAGUCAUACUGGGUCGUUGGACUUGGUGGUUGACAGUUGGUGUUGGACGACAAAGUUCGGGAUGCAAAAAGGGUGGUGUAGGAGUUGUCUGUUUGGUUGAUGAUCUUGGUUGUAAUGCGUAUUGCGGGUAUCUGAUGUGUAAAGAUUGGGAUAGGAGGUUGGGGGCGGUUGUUGGCAUUUUGUUCGUUGAAAGGUUGGAGGGGGGAUGUACGGGGUCAGUGAUUAAUACUUUGUUGACGCAUUGAAAUGAUGAGUUUUGGUACUUUGCAAUACGGGUGUUUGUUCAUUUUGUUCAUGGUUGGCAAAGAGAAUCAUUUGAAGCAUU